UGUAUCAUAGUUUCACCUGACGCCGGGGGAGCCAAGGGGGUCACCUCGAUUGCGGACAGGCUGAAUGUGGAAUUUGCCCUGAUUCACAAAGAGAGGAAGAAAGCAAACAAAGUGGACCGGAUGGUUCUGGUGGGCGACGUGAAGGACCGCGUGGUCAUCCUCGUGGACGACAUGGCUGACACGUGUGGCACCAUCUGCCACGCCGCGGACAAGCUACUCUCAGCUGGAGCCACCAAAGUCUAUGCUGUCCUCACACACGGGAUCUUCUCUGGGCCAGCUAUUUCCAGAAUAAAUAAUGUCACCUUUAAGGCCGUUGUGGUCACAAACACCAUUCCGCAGGAGGACAAAAUGAGACACUGUCCCCAGAUUCAGGUUAUUGAUAUCUCGAUGAUCUUGGCAGAGGUGAUCUGA